AACAGUGACUCACUGAAGUGUCCGCGUGUUGUGCGGGUCAUUUUCGCCACUUCAUGUGCACGUUUCAGACAUAAACACGCUCCAUUUGAACUGAAACAUACUUGGCCGGAUUUAACAUCACAUUUGUCGGUGCAGCGGGAGCGUCUAAUCACGUAUCGUCGUCAAAGAUGCGUCGCGGGGACAGUUAUGGAGCUUCCUCGAUAUUAAGCUAGCAUGUCUACCCGGAGAAGUGACGCCUUGUGGAGGAAUUUGUCAUAACAGAUAGCAUAUUUGAUCUCCGUACGGGCAACUUUAGACGUCAAAAAGGAUAAAGUCGGUCGUGGAAGAAGCCAGAAGACGCGUUCUCUCCCCCAUGUGAGGAUUACAAAGACCACAAGACCUCCUAAAGGGAAGAUCUUUUUGAAGAGUCCAGUAUUCGAGUCCCGGAUUCAUGUGACUUGUGUGCAGCAACAACAGUCCGCCUGAUCGAGAGUCCUUCCUCGCCCGGGCGUAUUGAUGCUCGUCAUGAGCGUACCAGCCCAACAGAAACCUGGCGCAAAACGAACGGGCAAACGCAUCACCUUUUUCUCUGAUCCAUCCGCCGCCAUGAAGGAGGCCGCCCAGCACCCGGAAGCGCCCUACUACGUCCAAACCGGCGUCACUACAGAACCUGGGAAAAUUGAGAUCGCAAGCGGGGCAACGGCGGCGUCCAAUCCGGAGGGCCCGCACGUGUACCUCAACUCUGUCAUCUUCAGCCCGGACAAGGGCGACCAGAACCGGGGUCACUAUCAGCAAACCGUGCCCAUGAAGUGGGCCCACCAGGAGCCCGGUCAGCAGACGCCCUCGUUGUCCCAGCAGCAGAGAGCCGCCACCUGGACCACCAUGGCGAACUGGGGACAGACCUUUGCCAAUUACCUGGGCGGCGUUAACGUCGCCGACUCCAGGAACCAGACCGCGUUUGUGAAGACGAUGCAAGAAGGUCCCCGGCAGAACUCCGGUAAAGCUGGAGACAAGCAGCCAGACGCCUACAGGGAUGCUGUCAAGGCCCGGGGUCUGGACUGGGACCAGCAGCAGCAGCAGACUCCGGCAUUCCAGGAGACUCUGAAACCCGGGGCGCUGAAUCCCCAACCAAACAGCACAUCCCACCCGGGGGGAAGCUCGGUCUUGCAGCCUUUUCAGUUGGCCUUCGGUCAGCCCCGGCAGCACCUGCCCCCGUACUAUCAGACCUUCCAAGGCAACACGAGGUUGCCGAACCCGCCAAACUACUCGGUGCAGGCCAAACCCCCGCAGCAGCAGCAGCACCCCCUCGUCCAGCAGCAACUUCACCACCAGCAGCACCUUCAAAUGCAGCAGCAGCAGAUCCAGAUUCAGCAGCAAAUGCAACAUCAGCAGUUGCAGCAACAAAGCCCGCACGUGCUGGACUACUACCCCCCUGCCCCCAACGCACACCCUCACCCUCACCCGCAACCUGCGGUCGUACACUCCCAGGAGUCCUCUGCGCCCGCUCCCCCGCAAACCCAGGAACCGAUCAUCCAGGACAUCACCCCAGAACCGCAGCAGUCGCUAGACGCGCCGCGGCCGCCCGGUCCGCCGGACCCCCUGUCCCAGACGCAGCUCCGCAGGUCGCGGCGCCUCUCCAAGGAAGGGGGGGCACCGUCGGACAACACUAACCCCUUUGCCGCCUCCUCGGAGCAGCCCGACUCUGGGAUGCAGGGCCCCCGGAACGGGACCCGGGACAUUGUGGCGGCGCCGAUGGGCGUCAUCCAGAGCACACGCAGGAAGCGGAGGGUAUCUCAAGAGGUCAACCUGGAGACUUUGGCGCAAAAGGCGUCGGAGAUGGAGACGCUGCCAUCGCACGCCGUUAAGGACACACACCGCCCGUGGAGCCCCACCCACCAGGCCCCGAACGCCAAGCGGCCCCGAGACGACAGCCUGCUCCCCCUCGUCAUCCCCGUGUCCGUGCCGGUGCGUCGCCUCGACAUGUCGUGCACCGACCGGGAAGGAGCGGCGCUCGUGACCAACUGGCCGCCGAGGCCUUCCGACCCGCUGGAGCACGACGCCGGUGCCGAACGCAAGCCCUCGGUCAUCGUCACCCGGCGCCGCUCGCUCAGGAACUCGCUGUCGGAGAACCCGGAGCAGAAUGGCGGCGUCGAGGGCGAGAGGGACGACGACACCAAAAAGCUGAAGCGCCGCCCCAGGCCCGAGCCCCUCUUCAUCCCGCCGCCCAAGCCCGCCGUGUUCAUCGCCCCGCCCGUCUACUCCACCAUCACUCCCUACCAGAGCCACCUCCGCUCGCCCGUGCGCCUGGCCGACAACCCGCUCGCCAUGCCGCCCUACACGCCUCCGCCCAUCCUCAGCCCCGUGCGCGAGGGCUCGGGCCUCUACUUCUCCACGUUCCUCUCCUCCGCCGCGGGGGGUCUGCCGCCGCCGCCCGCGACUCCCAAGUCGGCCACGCGUAGCCUGCUGUGCUCCAGUAGCUGCGACAUGACGCCUCCGGUUCUCUCCGCCAUGACCGAGGCCACGCCAGUCAGCAUUGAACCACGGAUAAACAUCGGGUCGCAGUACCAGGCAGAGGUGCCGGAAUUGAGGCAGCGGUCUCUGGUGGAGCUGGAUCCCCACCAGGCGGAGCUGGUCUGGGUGCCGCUGACUGCGCUGGAGGAGAAACCAGACUACCACAAAAGAGUGAAAGACCUCAUGCACCUGGCGUGUUCCAGCGCUUUCCACGGAGGAGGCUCCAACCAGGAGCUGGCGCACCAUUGUCUCUACGAGUGCAAGGGCGACAUCAUGGCCGCUUUGUCUCUGCUCAUGCUGAGGAAUCCCGUUUUGCCCAAGUCUCAUGUUUUGUCCAACUACCACUACUCAGGAUCAGACAGAUGGUCAGCAGCUGAGAGACGUCAGUUCAACAAAGGUAUCAGCAUCUACAAGAAGGACUUCUUCAUGGUGCAGAAGCAGGUGAGCACCAAGACGGUGGCGCAGUGCGUGGAGUUCUACUACUCCUACAAGAAACACGUCAAGAUCGGACGCAACGGGACGCUGACGUACGGCGAGGCGGAGCCGACCGCGGCCGACGCCGUCACGGCGAACCACAAGGGCUCGCACAGACCGGAGGAGGACAGCAGGAAGUGGGAAGGCUCAGCUGACCGGAAACAGGACGUCUGCCCCGCCAGAGGGGCGCACACGCUGCCGCCCGGCGACAACCCCGCAACCGUCCUGAUCAUGCGAAGCCAGGAGGACGUCAUCGAGAGGGAUAAGCCCCCGCCGCCACCGCCGCUACCGACUCACUUCGUCACCGCCGCCCCUCGUCCGCCGCCUCCCGGCUCCAAACCACGCUACGACGCCGCCACCGCCGCCGCGGGCAAAACCAUCCCGCCAACGACCGCUAAAGGCUCAAGCGGCCCCGAGGGAGAGUUCCCCUGCAAGAAAUGCGGCAGGAUCUUCUACAAGGUGAAGAGCCGCAGCGCCCACAUGAAGAGCCACGCCGAGCAGGAAAAGAAGGCCGCCGCUUUGCGCCAGAAGGAGGCGGAGGACCGCGCGGCGGCCAUUGCCAUGGCCGCCGCUGAGGCCGCCACUACUGCCGCCGCCGCCGCCGUCAUGGCCGCACGGCAACACAACGGAACGCGGCAGACGGGCGGAGACAGCGAGGACGACGAGUCGACAGACAGCGACGAGGACGACGACGACGACUGGCAGUGACGGAGAAGAAUCUUGAUGGAACGGGAAUUGCACCUUCAGGGACACGUGGACGCCCCAUGUGUGUGUGUGUGUGUGUGUGUGUGUGUGACUUUAUACCGCCAAUCAAAAGUUUGAAGAUAUUUCUUCCAAACGCGAGCGGUAGCCUUUUUCACUGCAUGCUACGCUAGGUUCCUACGCGGGUACUGAUGUCGCAAUAACAUACGUGAGCUACGAGCUAACAAAUGCUAACAUUAGCCUAGCAUGUUGUCGCGCUUUCAGCUUUUGGGGCGCCGCCGUGUUACACGUACUCCGCUUGGACGCAGACCAAGCCGACAUGUUGUUGUUGUUGUUGUUGUUUUGUUAGCGUGUCCACUUCAAUGCGGCUUGGUUUUCUCAGUUCCUGACAGCAGGGAAGCCGGUUCAACUCCGAUCAAAGAGGUAUUUUGGGUUAGGGUUAGGGUUAGGGUUAGGGUUAGGGUUAGGGUGUGUUUUUUUUUUUUUUUUUUUUUUUCACAGCCACGCCCACGCUCAGCACUUUUACAUCUAAAGACUUCCCGGGACCGCCUCCCUCCCGUUGAACACCCAUCCCGUCCAGCAUUAGAAGAGUCACGGAACACUGAAGGUGGUGCUUUUGUUGCACGAAUGAGCGUCGUUUAUUUGAGCUUCACUUGCCUUUUCACGCUUUUUAUGACAAUCUUGACUUUUUAAAUAUAUACAAUGUGUACAUAUACAGGGAAAUGUUAUGUUUGUGAAUAUUCUUGUCUAUUAUUAUUAUUAUUAUUAUUAUUAUUAUCAUAUACAUGUUUUGUGAUUUUUUUUCCUACCCCCUUUUUUUUUAUAACCUUUAUUUCAACAACUGUGACGAGACAAAUGAAGACAAUGGAUGGCUUCUCCUGUGAAUUCUGUUAAGCCCCGCCCCCUCCUGGCCAGCGGCUGCCUCUGUUGCUAUGGCAACACGUCCACUUCGAGGUAAUUUUUUUUUGUUUGUUUUUUUUGUUUUUUUUGGAGAGGGGGGACAACUGGCGUCUAUGCACGGACUGUGUGCGUGUGCGUGUGCGUGUGUGCAAGGAGGUUUUUUUUUUUUUAAUGAAGUUUUGCAGACUUUAAUUUAUAUUUGUCGUUGAUGAGGUCAAGGACCGUUAUUAAAAAAAAACAAACCAAAAAAAAAACACAAGGGACAAAAUAUUGGAGGAAAAAAAAACCCACACCAAGAAAAAAAAAAAGAUUUAUUUAGGUAAAAUUAAAUGUAUUUAUAUAUCUAUACAUAUAUAUGAAUGAAAGUCUAUGUUUAUGCAUAUUUUCUAUGCUAUUUUCAUAAGGUUCACACUAACGAGUACUUUUUAAAAUCUGUGGUGGCUGUAACUUAUUUCUUUUUAUUUUGCAAUUGAUUUCAUACCGCGUUUGUGUUUUUAGCGCUGAUUUACAAAGCACUGUUUAAAUAUUAAAAGUUUUAAAAUCA